AUGCAGCCUUCUUUCAGAUACGGCCUGUUGGCCAGCUUCUCUCUCUACGGUGUGGUCAGCGCAGCAAAAUGCACUUCCAAUCUUUUGAUCGACGACUUCUCGAGGCGGCCAACCUCGAACAACAAUCUAGGCGGCUAUACAAACGAUGACGGCUCCAUGAAGAGCAUUACCGUGCAAGGCACCAGCCUGAUUCUCACUCCGCGGCAGCCCGCGCCCGGGGGUCUCUCUCCGUCCUACUACUACGAAAACAUGCCUUGCACCCAGGCCGCCGGCGACGGGUACGAGGCGCUCUCCUUCACCAUCAAGGCGCCGUCCAGGGGCUCCAACUUCACGCUCGAGAUCCAGACCUUUAGUUCGUGCGGCGACACCAGCUACACCAUGGAUUGGCAGGUCGUCAAGGGCCUGACCGGCGACGUGCAGACCGUGACGAUCCCGUUGGCCGGCUGGGUCAACCCAAAGACGAACCUCAACGCCGUCAAGGCCUUCAACUGGGCUACCUGGACAUCGCCUACCCAGGGCAAUGGUGAUGAGCAGUGGCAGCUGGGCGACAUUAUGUUUGUGUGCGGCGACGCGGAUGAACCGACCACGUCGAGCACGUCGAGCACCUCGAGCACGUCGAGUGAUGCUGCACCCACGUCGACGUCUGCAAGUUCCUCGAGCAGCCUGAGCACCUCGGUUUCCUCCGAGACGCCCACCACGUCUCUUGGCCCCGCCCGCUCUUCGUCGACGUCUUCGGGCUUUCCUGCCUCCAAGCACGCUGAGAACCUCGACCACAACCUCAUCCUCCAGAUCGUCUACCACGAGCACCUCCUCCAGCACCAGCACCUCCAGCACCAGCAGCUCCAGAACCUCGUCCACGACGCCAACAACAUCAACAACAACGACAACAACCAGGCCCACCACCCCGACGCCCACAACGCCUACCCCCAGGCCGCCGCAGCCGACUCCAACCAGGAAAGUAUUCUGCAUCUUGCCGGGUUGGUGCUUCUAGUUGUAAAGUUUGAAGUGAAAUAA